GUUCCAUGUAAUGUUAUUACGAAUUGAUUUUUUCCUGUUUGAAUAUAUGAAAUGUUUGUAUGUGUACAGCGAAUGUUUCGCAGUUUUUGACUUGUAGCAAAUUUGACGAGUUAUUGCCAACAACAUAUUUGGGUAUAAAAAAUUGAUUAAAUCGGUAAUUUCUUACGCGGCUCCUUUUAGACACAAAAUGAGGGAAUCUGCUCAUGACAUAAGUUUAGAUACUUGGAAGCAAUGGAUUUUGGAAGCUAUUUCAAAAAUACGUUCGCAAAAGCAACGGCCCAGCGUUCAACGCAUUUGCCAAGCUAUUGGAAGUCAUCACAAGUUUCACGAAGAUAUAGUUGCCGAAAAGUUGGAGGAAGCGGUCGAGUCAGGCGCCGUUAUUAAAGUAUAUAACAAAGGACUACAUUCCUAUAAAGCUCCUAUGGCAAAAAGAAGAAUUAAAGUUGAGAAAAAUAGUAAUUUAUGUAAAAUUGUUGCAAAAGCCGUGCAUGAUUUAGGAGAAUGUGAAGGAUCAACAAUAAAAACAAUAGAAAAUUACAUACAAAAAUUCAAUAAUAUCGACCUUGCUCCAGAUGUAGACUUUCGGGCUAUUAUAAAAAGUUCGAUUAGAAAAGCAGUAGAUGCAGGUUUCCUUGUACAAGAAGGAAAAUUGUACAAGAAGGGAAGAUCACUUACCACUCCACGAAAAUCAUCAUCAACACUGGAAGUAUCAGUGACAACUGGUGAUGAUAAAUGUUCUUAUUGUUCCGGAGAUGCGCAGAAAAAUCGCAAUGGAAUACCGGAGCCAUUGAGUUCGUGCAAAAAAUGCGGAAUGUCAUUGCACACGACAUGUGCAAACAUCGCUGCUAAAUGUAAAUCACAAUCGUAUGUCUUACUAUAUAUGUUGGUAACUAAAGGUUCCAUAUGGUACUGCAAAAAUUGCACUGAAUGCAGUGUAUGCACUUACACUGACCGUGGACCUUGUUUGCUUGAAUGCUCAGCGUGCAAGAAAAUGUAUCAUCUAACUUGUUUAGAUACUAUACCAGAUAAAAAACCUAAACAUCCUUACAGAUGUAAUAAUUGUAUUCUGCAAAAUUUCGAUGUUAUUAAGAAAGAAGUAACGAAAAGAGGCUUGGAGACAGCUAAAAGUCGAAAUCAAACCGCAAGUGAAUUAUCCAAGACUUCAAGAGGUGUACGUCAAGUGAUGCCGUCAACUUCCGAAUACGCUGGUCUUCGAAAUAAAGAAUGGAUUGGUGGCAAGCUAAAGGAUAAGAGAAAUCUAGGUGGGGCUGCAGGGAUUUCAUGUAAACGGCAAAUUAUAGACGAAAUCGAUGAUAGCCCUACCACAUCAAAACUUUCCAAAUAUGAAAGUUCUAAAGAGCUAUACAAAGACAUUUCGUUAAGCCAAGCAAUUAAAUCAACACAAAAUUUACAAAAGAGCAUUGCACAAAAUUCACAUUUGAAAAUGUUUAAACAACGAAAACAGUUUGCUGGUUUUCUUAAGAUGGAUACUAGCGAAUCCAAACGUGCGAAGAAGAAAACCCCAUCUGAUUUAUCUUCGUCGAGUUCUUCCAGUGAUAGCGAUGAAGAUGAUAAUUUGGAAUUCGAUGAUGACAAUCAAGACGAUAGCACAUCUUCGGGUUCCUGUUCUUCGAGCAGUUCGGGUUCGGAUUCUAGCGAGAGCAGCAGCGAUAGUUCCGAAUUUGAUAACGAAGAGGAUAAUUACGAAGAGAAUGAUGACGAUGAUUGUGACUCGGAUAAAAGCGAGUCCAAAUCGAAUUUAUUCAUUUCACAAAUUCCCGUAAAAAAAGAAAUAAAUGUGCCUGCAAAAAACUAUACGUCACAAAAUACUAAAUCAAAAGAUGAACACUGGGGCUUUGCUGCUGUUGCUAAAAAUCGUGUUGAUAUAUUUUCACAGUCGCGAAAUUUGGAUGCAGAUGGUUUUACAUUAAAAAAAUGUGGCAACCUUUUAGCUGGCUUCAAUAAAAAUUUAGUCAGCGAUGAACUUAGCACGAGCAGUAAACAAAUAAAUUAUAAGUCACUACAAAGCAUUGGCAAUUUGGAAGCAGAACAAACAGAGAAAAGAACACCGAAAGCAACUGCAAAAAAGGAGGAUUUGUCGGAGAGCAUUACUACGACAGAAGCGGCAAGUGUUGAUAAGUCUCACAUGAAAAGCGUAAAAAAGACCGCGGAAAAAGUGCAGAAAAAGAAAAUUGCCACGCUAAAAUCCGCACCCUUAGACACGAAACGUACCGCCUAUAAAAGUGAUGACGAUGAGGUGCCAUAUUUGAAUGAAAGCACUGUAAUCAAAUAUCAAUUAAUGGAGAAUACAAACUACGCUAGAGGUGUGAAACCCUUUGCGAAUGAUGAGAGUUCCUCAAAUGAAAAAGUGGAAUAUGAAGAGGAGUUUCCAGAAAACCCGUUUGAAAAUCAACCUCUCCCAAACGGCGUAGAACAAAGUGAUAUAACAAUAUAUAAGAAAAUUCGUGAGAAUGCAGCAAAGAAAGUGACGGAAUUAAAAAGUUUGAAUGCCCUAGCUACCGGUGGUGUUACUGUCGCGGCGCAAGAGAGAUGCCCGUCUGCUAUUGAAAUCGGAAAGUGGCACAUUGAAACCUGGUAUUCGAGCCCGUUUCCACAAGAAUAUGCAAGAUUACCAAAAUUAUAUUUGUGCGAGUUUUGUUUGAAAUACACAAAGAGUAGAUCGGUUUUGGAUAGGCAUCAAAACAAGUGUCUCUGGAGGCAACCACCAGGCACAGAGAUAUAUCGCCACAAUGAUAUAUCAGUCUUUGAAGUUGAUGGAAAUAUCAAUAAAAUUUACUGUCAAAAUCUAUGCUUGCUGGCAAAGCUAUUUCUGGACCACAAAACCCUUUACUAUGAUGUGGAACCAUUCUUGUUUUACAUAUUAACUAAGAAUGAUAAGAAAGGUUGCCAUCUUGUGGGCUACUUUUCCAAGGAAAAACACUGUGCACAAAAAUUUAAUGUGUCUUGUAUUUUGACAAUGCCGCAGUUUCAACGACAGGGUUUUGGCAGAUUCCUAAUAGAAUUUAGUUAUUUGUUGAGUCGCGAGGAGGGUCAAGUUGGCACACCGGAAAAGCCUCUAUCCGAUUUAGGUAGACUUUCCUAUUUCUCGUACUGGAAAUCGAUAAUUUUGGAAUAUAUAUACAAUCACAGAAACGAUGGUCGGAUCACUUUCAAAGAUAUUGCCAAUAAAACAGGACUAACCGUUUCCGAUAUAGCGUUAGCGUUCGAAUUACUGAGUUUUAUAAAGUUGAGGAAAAAUGAAGAUGACAUACGAUAUCAAAUAAAUAUCAAAGUCGAUUGGGAGAAAGUGAUAUCUCACUACAAAAAGUUGCAAAAUUCCAAGCGUAUACCGUUAGAAACAGAUUGUUUGCGUUGGAGCCCGUUGCUGUCGAAGACUUUAACUGGCGAUGGCAUAAAAUCGUCUGAAGAAAGCAGCUUUUUAGAUAAUUCAAUCAGGUCUGAACAGACGGCAAUGGAACGUAUGAGGUCACGGAAAUCCAACUCGAUGAUUUCUAACAAUUCGAUUUUUAUAAAAAAGGAACUUAAUACACAUGAAGUUCCGCAAGGCAGUAAAAAUAAACUUUACAAUUUUACCAAUGAAAACAAAAUGGCCAGCGCAACUAUUGAGCUGAAUUUUCAGAAGCGAAAAACCGCGGAGUUAAAAAACUGCAAUACCGAUUUAAAAAACUCCAUGCAUGAGGUGAUAGACGAAAGCAAUGAACCGCCGAGUCAAAACGAGCCCGAGAAAAGUAAAGUUAACGAAUCGCCUACUAAAGCCGAAAUCGACACCGAUGCCACUAAAGUUGGCACAAAUUCCAGCAUAGAAGUCAGAAGGAAUCCACGAAAACGGCAUCUGAGUAAAGAUGAUUCAUACACAGCGGCAAAUAAUCCUGAAGAGCCGGAAGUUAUCCAGAAGCCUGAUAAGAAGAGAAGAAUACAAACUUCACCGGUUCAGCCAGUUGUGGAGAAGCCGAAGGGUGAAGUGAUGGAGGUUACUAAUGCUGAGGAUGACAAAUUGACAAGCCGUGCACAGAGAUUAGCAAAUCGCAAACAGAGUACGCCCGUUGUAUCCACCAACAAAAGAAAGCAUUUUGACCGUCAAAAUGAAUUGAAAGUGAAUAUUAAACAAGAAGAGGUGAACAGUGCAGAUAAGAUUGUACUGGAAUCUGAAGCUAUAGAGCCUGAAGCGACGAAGUGCACUGAGAUAGUUCAGAAUGAAGAUAAACCUAUAAAAAAUAAUGAGAAACCUAUAACAACGGUGCCUAAAUUAAGAGGCAAAAAGAGCAACGAGAAAAAACCUAAUGACAUCUAUAACGAAAGUAACGCAGGUGUCUCCACAAAUAAGACCACACCUAGUGAGGUCAAAGGCGUUGACCAAGACAAGUCAGAACAAACAAACAAUGCAGAUCCCCAUGCCAGUAUUACUAACGAAGUUCUGGUAAAUGAUGUCGAAGUAAAAGACAUCUCGAAUACAUUUGACAGCAAACAGCAACAACAACAAAAAGAACAUGAAGCGCAUGCACCGAAUAUAAGUAAGACAGAAGUUCCUCCAACAUCUUCGGGGAACGAUGAGAAGGUCUUGGAAGCUGUGGCAAAAAAGACAAAAAAGACCUUCGCUGAAUUAAUGGUAGAAAAUAUCGACACAAAUGUUGCAGUGCCAGAAGUGCCAGUGGCAAAUACCAAUUUGGAUGAUGAUAAAACGAAGCCCCAGCAUGAAAAUGAGCCUAAAGACGAGAUAAACCAAUCCAGCGAAAUCACAGCUACUGGUAGUACACAUGCUACCGAUGCUAAAACUAUUGAUGAUAAGGUAAAAGUUGACGAAAUGACAAAAGAAGACGUAGCGCAUACUAUAGAAAAGGAAAUACAGAAAGUCGAACAAAAAGGAGAACCUGAAGUCAAAACUAUAAUUGAUGCAACCACCAAAAGUGAGCCACCAACAGAAUCAACACUUGUCAAGGAGCCAUUAUGUAAAAUAGAAUGUAUCGAGAACGAAGCAUCCCCCAAAAUGGUUGCACAAAUUUCGCCAAAGGACAUUAUAAAGGAAGAUAACGCGAAUUCGCCGUGCCUUAUUGCAGAGAACAGCAAAGAUGAAGAAAGAAAAGAAGUUAUAGAGAGCAAGUGUGAGACAAAAAGUUUGGUGUUAGCACAGCCGGUACCACCUCCCGUUACACCGGGAGCUGUGCCUGUGCCUGUGCCUCUGCCUCUUCCUGUGGUGCCUGUGUCGGCACCAACGCCAAUAUCAGUACCCGUACCAGUAACGCAGCCAAUGGCAACAUCUGCACCUGCACCGCCACCGCCACCCUCACCAACACCAGCACCAGCACCCGCACCAACACCAGCACCGGCUCCACCCGCUUCGGCAGUCGCUGCACCAGUCGUGCCGCCGCAGUUACAAAUACCUAAGCCGGUACCAAGUGAGGCAACCAUUUGUAAAGCUGAUCAUAUACUAGAAAUGAAACCUAUCGUGAAUAUUAAGACAACCUCGUCGCCGCCGACUAAAACGAGUGCAGAAAUCGUUGAUAGCAAAGUUAAUGAAAGAAAAUUAAAAAUUGCAAAUGAAGGUGCGGUUGAGAGGAAGGAAAAAAUGACUACACAGUCAAAUAUACAUGAAAAUAGUGAGAUGAAUAAAAUUAAAAUUGCUCAAAAAAUACACGAAGCAGCCGCAGCGGCAGCUGCAGCUAACCUAGAAUUGCAAAGAUCGCAAAUACAAGCGUCAACAAAAAAGUCAGUGAAUUCAGCAACAACGGCGAAUGCAAGCACCAUAAAUGCCGGUCGUAGUGAAGCUGGCAGUUUUUUGAAAUCUACGAAGGACAAACAAAAGUCAAUUAUUGCGCAUACCGACAUUAAAAUAAAAGAAGAAGAUAAGCAGGUACAAGUGAUAACAAGUAAGACCGUCGAUGCUGCUCUGUUAUCCUUGCAUGAGAAAAAUCCCUAUAAUACAGCCGAACAUCAGAAAAUGCAGAACUCUAUGGAUUUAAAUAAAAUCGCACCACACUUUCCAAUAAAUCAAUUACCCAACUACCCGAAUACGCCACAGUAUUGGCAAUGGGAUUACUAUGGUUAUAACUUUUCCCCUUUGGAUGCUGCCAGUCAGAAGAAUCAAAACAAAUUCGCAAAGGACUUGGCCACUACUAUGGCUUAUUCGCACAAUUUCACCCAAAAUCUCUAUCAGUCAGCUAUACAACAUCACGCGCAUCAGCAUAUGCAACAGCAACAACAACAACAGCAGCAACAGCAACACACUAAGGACAAAUUGAAAGGCGAUAGAAAGAUGAGUGUUUGCAAGAAAGAGGAAACUGCAAAGAAUAGCACGAAUUCGAACAGUCAAAAUUUUAGCAGUCGCGAGGACGCACAUAAUUGUGGGUUUUCGAAUACGCAAUCGGCUAGCUAUGGUCAGAAAUGCAAUAAUGUACAAUCGAAGUCACACAAAAUGUCCUCAGACCAAACACAACACAUCAAAUCGUUAAACCUCUUGCCCAAUUCCAGUUCCAGAUUUUAUAAUCCAAUUCUAUCUUCAGUGCCCAUCCCCACCAAUGCGCUAUCCCAACAGGCAUUGUGCCAGAAAGCUAGAGGGGAACAUAAUUUGAGUGCCGCUGAGGAGAAUAAGGUAAAAUUGAGCGGUCACAAUGCUGCUACCCAGCAGCAAAGCGUUUCUCAAGAUAUUGCAACACCACUGGCGUACAGUUCAGGGUCAUCGAAUCACACAGCGAGCAAUUUGCAUCACUAUGAUUGCGGCAUGACUGUGCCCAUGAAUAUGGAUUCGCCCACAAGCAUUGGUAGCGAUAUACAGCAAAAUACAACAGAACCCAUUCCUUCGACUACACCACAUAUUCAGCAGCAGCAACAGCAGCAACAACAACAACAACAGCAGCAGCAGCAACAACAGCAGCAGCAGCAACAGCAGCAAUCGCAAUUUUCAGAUUGUUCCAUGCAAAGCCAUUCGGGGAAUACACCUAUGCACAUGGCCAUACAAACUUCACACAUUCAACAACAACAACAACAAGCUAAUCUCAACUUAAACAUGCAGUCUAGCAGCUCGCAGACAUUAAACUCGCUCACAAGCGCUCAGCAGCAUACGCAGCAAAAUAGAAAAGUCAAUCAACAGGCUGAUCUGGUAGUCAGCAGUUCGAACCAGCGAGCGUCUACGCCGAAAGCGAUUCGUGGCACAAAUUCGUCUGGGGGCAAUCAACAGCAGCACCGCCAGCCGAAAAGUACUACACCCAGCAAUUCAACAGUGAAUGUAUCUCAGCAACAACAACAGCAGCAGCAACAACAACAGCAACAGAGUGUGAACAACAAUCAACAAAAUCUGCUCCAAUCUCAACAGGAACAUUUACAUAAUAUGCAGCAAUAUUCACAAUUGAGUGGCCAGCAUCAUCAUCAGCAAAAUAUGCACAUAGAUUAUAUAACAUCGAUACCUCCUAUAGGGCAAAACUACUCUUCGAAUGCUUCAAACUCAUACGAUAUUGUUUCUAUGCCAGCUGUUAUACAACAGCGUAUGGCCAUAAGUAACACCUCACAUGCGCUAUCUAGUCCCCAUCAGCGCUCAAUUGAUCAGUCCUCUUCUUCAGCUUGCGCUGUCAACAAUUUCUAUUUGCAAAACAAUUUAGCUUCGAAUGAAGCAAGCUCGUCACGUGUGCCCGUGCCGGCCUCUUCGGCGGCAACAAAUUCGAAUGGCGGUGUGAUUCAUAUCAGUCCAGAUGCUUCUGCCAGCUCUUCGAGUGGCACUGGAGAUUCACAAUUGGCGCAGGAUAAUGUUUCCGAAUCGUCGUCAUCUAAUGCGGGCACUACACCCACACAAGUUGGAAAUCUUUGUAGUCUAUCUAAGUUACAACAAUUGACAAAUGGUUUGGAUAUUCAACCAUGUAACACCUCCCCUGCCGGUCAGGUGAAUCUAACGCCCCCUCCACAUCAUCCGGUGUCGCACAACUCAAUGACGCCACCGCCUCAUCUAUUGGUGACACAAAAUCGGAGCUUGGGCACUCCACCCAAUAUGUUGCAACCGCAAAUCAAUCCACUACAGUAUCAUAAAUAUUAUUCAAGUAACAUGAAUAUAGCACCGAUUGCGACAACACAAAAUGUGAAUAGAAAUACGCGUAAUACUGCAUCGGCACCGGUGCAGCAUAUUGCAGUGUCGUCUGUGACGACCUCGUCUACAACCAGUCGCACUACAAAUGUCCACAUCAGUCCAAAUCUUAUGGCACCAUAUGGCGCAAUAAAUAGUUAUCGCAUGACUACACCGCAAUCGGCGGCCACACCAACCUAUGCUACUGGCGGUGAUUAUUCCAAUUCGCAGAUUCCAAUGCAAAUGGGUGUUAUGAAUAUGCAGUCCCAAUAUCAAGAUGCCUGUGCCAUUCAGAGGGCACAACAGAAUUCGAUGUAUUCAUCUUACCCUCCCACAUAUUUAUCGUUGAACGGGGCUAUGCGAAGAUAAAGUAUUUAGUGUAUAGUGAAUGCUUAAAAGUUUAUAUUUAUAUACUUACUUAAAUAUGUUUUUGAUCACGUAAAUGUAAACACUAUAAUUGUAUAUUUCGUAAAAAUAAAGUGAAUGAUUCGAUUAUAAUUAUAUGAAUCAGAAUUAUAGGUAUUUUAUGCUGGAA